AUGCAUUCGCCGCUGGAACCAAGCAUAGGCUUCAAUAAGAUGCAAUUUAUACUGGGUAGCGACGGAACGCGCCAAUCCGCCCACCGAGCAUACCUGCCACGGGACUUUACACAGAGCCAUCGUGGCAAUUUGCACAUAUGCACGAAGACGAUAGCAACUCGUGUGGGGACUGAGAAGACUGCGGACGGGGACCUUCGAGCGCGAAAUCUAGAAUUACAGAACAUCGAUAAUGGCAACACACCGGUAUUGGUCCACGGGAUCAUCUUCAAGAUUUGGGUAUUGACCUUGUCAAACACUUACCAGGCGUUGGAGAACAUGUUGCAGCCACUAACACUACUGAAGCAGGUAUAUAACUACUUGCUCUACGGAACAGGAUGGUUCCUCGGAACCUUCGUCGAAGUUGAGAUAUUCGCCAAGUCUUCGCUUAUACAGGCGGACGGGAAGCCUCUAUCUCUUCAAGACGAGUUCCUGGACUCUUACAAUCCCAGUAACCUCCCAGACUUUGGUGUCUUGGUAACCCCAAUAACGGACCCCAAUGAGCCAGGCGCCAACAAAUCCAAGGGUUUCUUCGGUCUGAUCGCUGCACUCCUCCUGUCCAAGUCUUACGGGACUAUACGUCUAGCUUCCACAGACCCUCAGGCCUACCCAGUCUGCGACAUGAACUAUCUGUCGUCGCCAGAUGAUUGUGCCGCCCUUCGCGCUGCGCUGCGGGUCACCGUUGCCAUCGCAAACGAAAUGAGAGCGGAAGGCUAUCCUUUGGACGACAUCUCGGUUCCGGACGUGUCCAGCGACGAAGCGCUUGACGAUCUCAUCCGCAGGCGCGUCGAGACGAUGUACCACUACUCAAGCUCGUGCCGCAUGGCUCCUGAGGACGAUACGUAUCCCGGAGUGGUGGACGACGAGCUUCGCGUACAUGGAUUCUCGAACCUGCGUAUCGCUGAUGCGAGUAUCUUCCCGGACGUGCCGGCGGCACACCCGCAAGCCCUGAUCUAUGCUGUUGCGGAGAAGUGUGCUGACAUGGUCACAAUCUCGAAUCCCGCCGAGGUCGCCAAGACGCGUCUCCAGCUGCAGGGAGAGCUGGCUCGGGAUGGGGGUGUCAAGGUCUACAAGAACACCUUGGACGUUGUGACCAAAACGUGGAAGAAUGAGGGCAUACGCGGUGUACAGCGUGGCCUCGGUCCUGCUAGCCUCGGACUGACCUUGAAGGGAGUAUGUGUAUCAAGCGCUGCGAUUCUCGAGUCUGACUGGCCGACCAGUAAUCAGUUCUAUUCUGUAGAGCGGUCGUUGGAUGUCUCACUUGAGCUUGCGAAGGCCCUUGGCUGCGCUUCAAAUUCAUCGACUGUCUUCGAUGAGUCCAUGGCCGUGUGUGUACGGGACCUCCCGACGGAGGAGAUUGUGGCUACAUCCUACGACCUGAAUAUAUCCUGGGAAAUCAUCGUCGACGGAGAUCUUGUCCUCACCGACAUCGCGACGAGCAUCAAGGACGGCAUGUAUGGACGUGUCCCGACCAUUUGGGCCACCAACGAGUGCGAGUACUGCUUCUUCAUACCAUCCUCCAUACCGCCGAAUUCCCCACCUUCGGCGUUCCCGGACAACCUAUCGAUCUGGUUCAACAGCACAGAUGCUCAGGCCAUCAUGAACGUCUCCAGCACGCUUUAUCCCUACGAGACAGCGCCUCAGUCGCACAAACUUUCGGGUGCGGUAUUUACUCUUGCUCAGCUCAUGACCGACUACUAUCUCCACUGCCCCAUGCUGUACUUGUCGUCACUGGAGACUAAUACGACAAACCCGGGCAACAGCUACAAGGUGAUGUUCGCGGUAGGGCUAGGCUCGACAAUCACAGCAAACCCAGUGACUUGUCCCGGCCAGGUCUGCCACGCCGACGAAUUGUACUGGGUGUUCGCAACGGCAGAGACAGACAACCUAUAUCAGCCUCUUACUCCCAGCGAGGUAGCGACGACACAGGAGGUGAACAAACGCUGGACGUCGUUAGCAUGGACAGGCACUCCAAACUACGAAGGCGCACUGGUCGAGUGGCCGCCGUAUACAGGGGACAAUGAAGUUAUCAUCAAUGCGACUGCCACGGAGUCCAUCCAACCUUAUCGCGUUGCACAGUGUGAUUUCAUCGAGAGUCAGCUGGGCCUGGUCUUCGGACAAUCAUGA